AACACAUCGCCCGCAAUAGUGCCGCCACGAGAGAGCGUGUGAAUAAGCUGCAUAUGCCCAGAAGCCUCGCGGCACGGACUCUCCUCGAACCAGGAUUCGGCAAGGGACCGGCUGUGGCGCGAUGGGCGGACACUCGCGGUCCUGGAACGAGCUGAGAGGGGAAGAAGCCAGCGAGGUGGAGAAGGCGGCGACCAGGAGCAUCGGCGGCAGCGAUCACGGCCUCGGGGACAGUGAUGCGGCACACAAGUCCGGCGCUGACGACAGGCUCUCGAUCGAGAUGGGUACGGUAACAGCGCGCACGACAGAUCCCGCUCUCGAAUCAGGCAGGCUGUCUCGCCCCGCCUCGGCAGGCACUGAAUGCUCUCGCGGCGCCACGCAGGGAGAAAGAGGCACCGCGGGAGUCGAGUACAAGGUGUACAGACGACGAUGGUUCGGCCUCUUGCAGUUGACGCUCCUUAAUAUCAUUGUUAGCUGGGAUUGGCUCACGUUUUCGCCCGUAGCCAGCCAUGCGGCACGGUACUUUCACACCACCGAGACCAUCAUCAACUGGCUAAGCACGGCAUUUCUGUUCGCCUUCACAUUCGCUACCCCUGCGGUCAUCUACGUGCUGCAUCUGGGCCCAAAGAAGUCCAUCGUCACAGCGGCCGCCCUCCUUCUCGUUGGGAACUGGAUUCGCUUUGCAGGCUCACAUUCCAGUUCCAAGGGAUUAUUUGGGGUAGUCAUGUUCGGCCAGGUCCUCACUGGCCUCGCACAACCAUUCGUUCUCGCCGCUCCCGCCCGAUACUCCGACCUUUGGUUCACCAACCGGGGCCGAGUGGCCGCAACGGCCCUGACAAGCCUCGCAAACCCCCUCGGCGCGGCACUCGGCCAGCUAAUCGUCCCAUUCUGGGUCAACCAGCCAAGCGACAUCUCUCGCAUGGUCCUUUACGUCUCCAUCAUUUCGUCCGUCUGCGCUGUGCCCGCCUUCUUCAUCCCCUCAUGUCCUCCCACCCCUGUAGCGCCCUCCGCGGAAACCCCCAAACUCUCCCUCAGCGCCUCAGCCAAGAUUCUCUUCAAUCAGCUCGAGUUCUGGCUUCUCUUGGUUCCCUUCGCGGUUUACGUCGGCCUCUUCAACUCCAUCUCAUCUCUCCUCAACCAGAUCUUCCUACCGUACGGGUACAGCGACGAGGAAGCGGGCAUCGCCGGCGCGCUGCUCAUCAUCGUCGGUCUGGUCGCCUCGGCCGUCACGUCCCCGAUCAUCGACCGGACCAAGUCGUACCUGCUCGCGAUCCGGAUCGCCGUCCCGCUCAUCGGCCUCUGCUACCUCGUCUUCAUCUGGAUGCCCGGCACCCGCGACGGGGGCGGCGUAGCAGGGCCGUACGUCGUCAUGGCGGUCUUGGGCGGCACGUCCUUCUCGCUGCUCCCGAUCGUCGUUGAGUACCUGGUCGAGUUGACGCACCCGAUCAGCCCGGCCGUCACGUCGACACUGUCGUGGAGCGGGGGCCAGCUGCUGGGUGGCAUCCUAAUCGUCGUCUCCGGGGCGCUCAAGAAGGGGGAAGAGGGGGAUCCGCCGGGGGACAUGACUAACGCCCUGAUCCUCCACGCGGUGCUUGCGCUCGUGGCAGUGCCUCUGCCUCUGUGCUUGGGCUUGUUUGGACGAAAGGAAAAGUUGUUGUUGAGGCGGGUGAGGUCGGACGAGGAGGGGAGAGACGAUACUGGACCGGGUCAAGCUUGACUGAAUAUUGUUGUACUGUGGGCGAUCUGAUGGUGUUCAUGGCUGGCCAUGUUUCACGAGAUGGAGUUUGUACAUGAUGAGCAUAACCCACUCCCCCGCGCCCCUCCCCCGUCUUUUCCGUUGUUGAUUUGAAAGCUGUAUGAU